CGCCCGGAAGUCGCUCCCCGCCUCCUGCUCCGCCAACAUGGCCGCGAAGUCGGAUGGAGCGGCGGCCGCGGCCGGCCCGGGGCCCGAGGGGCCGGCGGGAACAGCCCGGGGCGGGGCGGGAGGGCGCGGGGAGGUGACGACGGAGAUCGCGGGCCCGGGACCGGCGGCGGCGGGGGGCCCGGGGCCGCGCUACGAGCUGCGGGACUGCUGCUGGGUGCUGUGCGCGCUGCUCGUGUUCUUCUCCGACGGCGCCACCGACCUGUGGCUGGCGGCCUCCUACUACCUGCAGGGUAACAACACCUACUUCGGCCUCACCUUGCUCUUCGUGUUGCUGCCCUCGCUGGUCGUGCAGCUGCUCAGCUUCCGCUGGUUCGUCUACGACUACUCGGAGCCCGCGGGGACCCCGGGACCCGCCGUCAGCACCAAGGACAGCGACGGAGCCGCCAUCAGCACCAAGGACAGCGCUGUCGCCUUCAGUACCAAAGAAGGCAGCCCGGAGCUGGUCCCCCGGCCCGCGCAGUCCUCGGCCAGCACCUACCGCCGACGCUGCUGCCGCCUCUGCGUCUGGCUGCUGCAGACCCUCGUUCACCUCCUGCAGCUCGGCCAGGUCUGGAGGUACCUGCGAGCCCUGUACCUCGGGCUACAGAGCCGCUGGCGCGGGGAGCGGCUGCGGCGCCACUUCUACUGGCGGAUGCUGUUCGAGAGCGCGGAUGUAAGCAUGCUUCGUCUGCUGGAGACCUUCCUGCGCAGCGCGCCACAGCUGGUGCUGCAGCUCAGCCUGCUGGUCUACCACAACCAAGAGCCAGACCUGCUGACUGCCCUCUCCAUUUCUGCCUCCCUUGUGUCCCUGGCCUGGACACUGGCAUCCUACCAGAAGGUACUGAGAGACUCGAGAGAUGACAAGCGGCCCCUGUCCUACAAGGGUGCUGUAGCCCAAGUGCUGUGGCACCUGUUCACCAUUGCAGCCCGAACCCUGGCUUUCGCCCUCUUUGCCAGCGUCUACAAGCUCUACUUUGGCAUUUUCAUCGUAGCCCACUGGUGCAUCAUGACCUUCUGGGUUAUCCAGGGUGAGACAGACUUCUGCAUGUCCAAGUGGGAAGAGAUCAUCUACAACAUGGUGGUGGGGAUCAUCUACAUCUUCUGCUGGUUCAACGUCAAGGAGGGCCGCAGCCGCCGCCGGGUGACGCUCUACUAUUGCAUCGUGCUGCUGGAGAACGCAGUGCUCACCGGCUUCUGGUACUCCAGCCGGAACUUCUCCCCCGAUUUCUACUCUCUCAUCCUGGUCUGCGUGGUGGCCGCCAGCUUUGCACUGGGCAUAUUCUUUAUGUGUGUCUAUUACUGUCUCCUGCAUCCCAACGGGCCCAUGCUGGGGCCCCAGGCACCGGGCUGCAUCUUCCCUGAAGCUCCGGGGCCCUGCGCCCCUCCAGCUGAUGCCAUCACAAGUCCACCGAGAUCGCUGCCAAGGACUACAGGCACUGAGAGGGACGGGGCCUCGGUGGGAGGUGAGCGAGCCGGGACCCCUACACUACCUGUCUUCCAGGUGCGACCUGGUUUGCCUCCCACGCCAGUAGCUCGCCCCUUGCGGACAGAGGGGCCUGUCAUUCGGAUUGACUUGCCUCGGAAAAAGUACCCAGCUUGGGAUGCUCAUUUUAUUGAUCGCCGGCUCCGGAAGACCAUCCUGGCUUUGGAGUAUUCUUCACCUGCCACACCUAGGUUGCAGUACCGGAGCAUGGGCACCUCCCAGGAGCUGCUGGAGUACGAGACUACAGUGUAGACACCGUCUGCCUCCCAGCAGGGACAGGCUUGACUGACUCCACAUUGACCACAGUGUUGAGUCUGUAUGUCAGGGCCACCAGGCUAAGUGGGAGUAGAUCUUUGGAUCCAAGAAUGACCCCGCCACUGGCUUCCCUUAGGGGAGAGGGCAGCCCUGUGGAGACCCUAGGUCUCGUUUUUUAGCCCUAUGACCCAUUCACUAAGUUCCCCUGGACCAGGGCACAGGGCGUCAACUGGUGCUACCCCCUCACGAACUGCCCCACUCUCAUGGGCAUGCCAUAUUAUGCUUGGCACAAGGGUCUCAACCCUCUCCCCUGCCUAGAAUCACCCACAUCACCCCUGGUGGGCCAACCAGAGGAAAGGCGCUGCCCGGGGUGGGGGAGGGGCUGCCUGUGACAGGAGGGGAUCCCUGAGAGGAUGAAAAGGCUGUGGGAUGGACUGGGGACAGAUCUCUGGACAGAACUGGCACAGUUCCUGUAAGAAGGGGAACUGGACAGCAGGAGGAUUAGAGCAGGAAGUCAGAGAGAGAACUUGGGGAUCCAACAGUGCAGACACUGGCAGGAGGAGACCCCCAAGGAGUGAGGGGUGAUAGCAGUACGAAGGGGUCCAAGUGUGGGGUGGGUGCCUUUGCUUGGGAGGUGCACUUGUUGGGAGCUCCGUUACAGAUGAGGUCUAGACCCCUCAGGUGAGAGGUCACAGGUGCUGUUUGCUCCAGAUGGGCAUCUGAGAUGUUCCCUGGAGAUGAAGGCCUUCAGCACAGCGGAUAAAAUGUCCCCAGUGGUACUCCAUCUGGCUCAACUACAGAUGAGGCUCUAGCUGGGGAGACGUCUUAGUUCUAGAAUACCUCUUGAAAACAGGUCCCAGGGAGCUGCUGAUCUCUUCUAAGGAUCAAGGACACUGGAACCUGCUGCUCCGAUGUGGAUGCUUCUAGCUUCUGCCAUGGGCAGUGGGAGAGGAGAUAUGGAAACAUGGACCACGGGGGAUAUUCUAGCAUGGGUGCUCUAGUUCUAGGUCGCCAAGGUUUAUGGAAGUUCUAGAUCCCUUUCCAUGUCCCUAGCCCUAUCAUCUCUAAAAGGAAAUUGUCCUCAGAACCCUCGAGACAUUUCUGCUGCCAAGUGAUUCUCAGCUGGAAAAAAAAAAAUUCUCUGGGGACAUGACAUAAAUCUUGGCUUCCUGCCACCCUGCAACUGAGGUUCUCUGGGAAACUGAUUUGUUUUAUCUCAAAUCUGACAAGACCCCAGGUCUGUGACCCAUUCCCAUUGUCCAGACAUCCUGGGUUACACAAGGGACCAUUAUCCUAGAAUGUGCCCCCAGCCUGGGACAGCCCAUACUGACAGCCCAGGGCACAUUAUUGAUGGGAGUAUGGGAUUAGGGAGCUAGGCAGCUCUGUGAAGUAGAAGGUGGCGCUCUAGGCAGGGCCUGGAGUCUCUUGCCACUCCCCUAUGCCAACUGAGGUGAGCUCACUGGAAAGGGACAGCCAGGGACUAUGGGGACAAGUGCAGACUGGGCUGGAAGUGUGGAGGCCAUGAGAAUCCUAGACUAUGCAAAUAAGAUUUUUAACCCUCCCUGGCUCAGCCUCUCUUGGAGUUACAGAUAGAAAACUGAGGCCCAGAAUUCCAGCUUCUCUCACAAGGUCUUAGACUCCUGGCUGCCCCAUCCGUGGUGAUGUGGCAACGAUUGAUCUGCUGAGGAUACUGGGAGGGAGUUACACUCGGGGUGAGGCGGAGAGGGCACCCCGUGUGUAUGCACACACAAGCACACAUCAUACCCAGGAUUCGAGCCACCCUGCCUGGCCCCGUGGGUAGCUAUAUUCGUCUGUCAGUGUGGAAUGCUUUUUCUUCCCUCUGCUUCCCUGACCCUCAAGAGGCCUCCAGAGUGACAGACAGCUCACCCUGAUGCAGGCUGCUCCGAGGGAGUCACCCUUUCCCUUUUCCCUCUACCCAGAGCUAUACACCCGUCACACUCUCUGUAAGAUGGAGCACUGGGCAUGGGCCCCAAACCCAAGCAGCCUGAUUCUGCAGGGCUCAUGGUGCCAGGAAUUGUCACUCCAUUGUUUCCGCUGUGUGUGGCACCCUACAAGAGCUACGCCUCCAUCCCACACAUCAGUAUGGUGACAUCUGGGCUACCCUUGGCAAGCUAUUUUAACCACCACCCACCCCCAAGGCCCUAGAAUGGCUCUGUGGAUGCCCCUUUCUCCAGCAGCCUGGAAGGAAAGGUUUCAGAUUCCUUAGCUGGUUGCUGAAGGAGGCCAGGGCAGGCAGGGAAGCAGGAUAAGCAGAGCCAGGCAUGGCCUGAGGCUGCAGGAAAGCCAAGGCCACAUUUCACCCCAAUCUCACAGAGCUUUCCCCAGGACCCCUGCCUGCAAGGCUGUGUCAGAGGGCCCUCGCCUUUCCCACUAUCAGGACAGAGCCCAUCUCCCCGCCCCCACCCCGCAGUAGCCCCUCUCCCCAGCUCAGGCCGCCAUCCUUCCUGGCCUGAGGCCUCUCUCAUUAUCGGCCCGUGUUUUUGGUUCACAAGGACAAAGAAUCGGAAUGGGGAAAGGCCCCAUCUUGGAGCUGUUUUUGGUUCCUUUCUGUGACACAAUCUACCUCAGCCACAAAUGGACCCCUGGGGUCCUUCACUCCUGUUCCCAGACCAUUAAUGGAGUCUGGAUUCCCAGGGUCCCUGUAAGGUUCUUCCAGUGAGAGAGGACUUUAGGACUACAGCCUUGAAGGAAGGGUUCCCAAAGUCACCUGACCUUCAUAUUCAUUAUAUAGAAGAAACAAAGAGGGCCACACAUUUACCCAAAGUCACACAGCAAGUAAAAUGGAACCACAGAGUUUUCCUGGGUGUCAAUAAAAGUGAGGUCUGUCUUAAUUUCUUCAGGAGCAGCCAUAACAGGCCAUCUUGUCAAUAAAAGUGAGGUCUGUCUUAAUUUCUUCAGGAGCAGCCAUAACAGGCCAUCUUGGGAACAGAAAUGCCAGGCCCUCCCUUCCUAAUGUAGAACCGCGCCUCCUGUUCUGUGAGCUUUCACCCUCAAAUCAACUCCAGCUGCUGGCUGUGCUCCUCAAACCUCCCCAGGCACCAUGCACCUCUUACCGUACCUCCACCCACCGAUGUACCAUGUGCCUUGUAACGGUCACCCCAGCCGGCAGCACAGGCCUCCACUCUCCCCUGCAGGGACUAUUGAAAAUGUGGGCUUGGUCCCUUCCUCUCAUCUCCCCCAAAUCUGCCUUACUUUCAGCCGGAUUCCCCUACACCUGUGUCUCCCUGAAGUGUGUCACCCCAAGGGCUGGAGAAGCAGAGGCCCAGGAGGGCAAGCAAGGCUGAGAAUGUGCAGGUUUCUGAUUGAGAAUGUGGGAGCUUGGGACCGUUAUCCCCAAACACUCCCCUGAAGACUAAGGUUCUGCAAGCCCUUCCCUUGCAGCUUGCCUGGGGCUGGAGUCUACAAAGGCCUGGCAAUGAGGGGAAGGUUCUCUGAGGCAGCGUGCAUGGGCAUAAAUAAAGUCAGAUGCCACCAGAACGGAAAGUAGGGUGAGUGGAGGCUCGAGAGAGCAGAACUAUAGGGGAGGCAGAAGGAGGGUGUUCUGUGCCAAGGAGCAAUGAGGUUUAUUUAGACUUUGGAAAGCAACCUAAUGGCCACCAGUUUGAGACUUCUAAUGCAUC